AAGCCCUUAUAAAUUGAAUAAUCCCCCCUCUCCAAAACUUCACAAUUAAUAUUUCCAAUUUCCUCUCGCUAUUCUGCUGCACAUUAGGGUUUAUUCUUAGCUAGGAAAUCCGAAAAAUGGCAUCAAGAUCAUCAGUGGCUUUUUGUUUAGUUUUUCUUGUGGCUUCGUGCUUGCUGCGGAUGGAGGAAGCUGCUAGCACUGAAUGCAUGCGCACUGGCCAUGGGUGCCUUGGUGGUGAGGGAGCUGGUUUCCGAGGAAAUCAAAACAGAAAGAUGCUGGUUGCUGGCAUCGAAGGAAAAAAUAAUGAGGUUGAUGUUGGUACGAGUGGGAAGUUGCUGCAGGAUGAAGAAGCUGACGGCGAUGAUGAUAUUAUGAAUGGAAAGAACAAGUUGGAGGUUGGGUCUGAGUUAAGGAAGGUUCCUUCUGGUCCUGACCCACUGCACCACAAUGGAAAUGCCCCCAAAAAGCCUCGCACUGAUCCUUAAAAGUUAGGGUUUUCCCAUCGACCGGUCGAGAAAGAGCUAGUUAGUUACGUCUAUGUACAAGAUCUUAGCUUGGUUACUUCAUGCACUAGCUACCAACCAACGGUGACUUUUUGUGUUCAGGACAUGGAGGGCAUAUCACUAUGUAAAAUAUGUUUUAUUGUAUGGAACAUAUAUAUAUUUAUA